AUGAUGUUCCCACAUGGGCCUGCAAACUGCCAUCAUCGUCCCACACCCUUCUGUACUGAACGCGAGGAGCUGUCGUCUGCAGAAGUUGCCAUGGACGUUUUAACAUUUACUAACUUCCCUGCGAAGCGCGCAAAGACAGGACAUGCUGCGAAGCAAGCCAUUCCUGAAGGGCCACCUGUCUCUCCGACUUUGACACCUGCCUUACCUGAGCCCAUGCCGCCGACAACUACUACCAGCCCUAGUCAAGAUGAGCUGGCUUUCUUCGAUCGGGUCAAGAAGUACAUUGGCAACAAGAACACCAUGAACGAGUUUUUGAAGUUGUGCAACCUCUUCUCGCAGGACUUGAUCGACAAGCAGCUUCUGAUUGCACGUGCGCAUUCUUUCAUCGGUGGCAAUCAGGAGCUGUUUACCUGGUUCAAAAAUUUCAUGGGUGAAGAUGAGGAGCAGCAAAAGUCGCGCCCAAAGACAGUCAAUUCUCGAGUAUCGCUUUCCAACUGCCGCAGCCUUGGCCCAAGUUAUCGAUUGCUACCGAGGCGUGAACGCGAGCGCGUAUGCAGCGGACGUGACGAGCUCUGUCGAUCUGUAUUGAAUGAUGAAUGGGCUUCUCACCCAACAUGGGCGUCGGAAGAUUCCGGUUUUGUUGCUCAUCGCAAGAACACCUUUGAAGAAGGACUACACAGGAUUGAGGAGGAACGCCACGACUAUGACUUCAACAUCGAGGCUUGCAAUCGCACGAUCCAGCAACUCGAGCCGAUCGCUAACCAGCUACUCACCAUGAAGCCAGAGGACAGGACCAACUUUGUAUUGCCACCUGGUCUUGGUGGCCAAAGCGAGACGAUAUACAAGCGUGUCAUCAUGAAGAUCUACGGGCGCGACAAGGGCAAAGAUGUCAUCAAAGAGCUCUUUGCGAUGCCAUGGAGCGUGGUUCCCGUUCUACUACACCGUCUCAAAACAAAGCUAGAGGAUUGGAAGGCUGCUCAGCGAGAGUGGGAGAAGGUUUGGCGCGAUCAGACUCAAAAGAUCUUCUGGAAGUCACUCGAUCAUCAAAGCAUCACAGCCAAGCAGGCAGACAAGCGGCAAUUCCAACCCAAAUCUCUUACAAACGAAAUUCAGGUCCGCUACGAGGAGCAGAAGCGUCAGCAAACCAUCCAGGAGAUUGCACAACCGGACUAUCAAUUUGCUUUUGGGUUCAAGGACGAGGAGGUGUUAUUCGACGUUGCUCGCCUGAUGCUCACCUUUGCGGAUAACAAUAAUAGUGCCGACUUUUCCAAAGUCGUUCCAUUUAUCAAGGAAUUCAUCCCGCUCUUCUUCGGCAUUGACGCACACAAGUUUGAAGAGCGAGUACAUACGUCUGGCCGGGACACACCGAACGACUCGGGAGAAGAUACACCUAGCCCUGAUGAUGACGUUUCGCAGCGCUCGCAGAAGCCGAAGAAGGGCGAUUUGCGUCGUGAUGUUCUGGAUCCCCGUGGAAAAUCACGCAAGGACAAGGAAGACAGUGUCGCUUCGGGCAGCCGGGACACUACACCUGAAAUCGCAUCUGGUGUUGAAGACGAAGCAAAUGGCGACAGCUCGAACUCCAACCCCCGCGAUGAGCGACCAGCAAGCCAUUGGGUUGAGUAUUCCGCCAUGCCAAGCGCGUUUGGUGACAAGGAAUUCCAACACGAGGAGCCUUAUAGGCGGUCCGACUACAACAUGUACGCGAAUGCUUCAAUAUACUGCUUCUUCCGCAUGUUCGUCAUGCUGUAUGAGAGGUUGUUAAAGCUCAAGGAAAGCGAGGAGGACGUCCGACGGAUCGUUAUGCGUGCCAAGGAGCCAAAGGCCGCGCAGAGGCUGAAGAUGCUUGACAAGCAGCCUGAGGACUUCUUCAAAGAUACGUCUCCAUCCGCAAACUAUUACCAGCAAGUGCUCGAUAUGUUACAUGAGCAGAUUAUUGGCGAAGUGGACAUGAACUUCAUCGAGGAAACAUUACGACGAUACUAUCUGCAGAUUGGCUGGCAGUUGUACUCCUUCGAUAGACUUCUCAGCUCGCUUGUGCGUUUCGCGCUUGCUGUUGUCAGUCACGAUAACAAGGAUAAGAGCCUUGACAUAUACAAUCUUUUCAGGAAGGAUCGCGUCAACGACACCACCACACACAAAAACGAGAUCAAUUACAGGAAAGCUGUGGAGAAGUAUGCAAAGGAUGCUGAUACCUACCGCAUAACCUACGACCCUGCUCGCAAGGAAGCAUUCGUACGACUCUUCAAGAAGGACGAUCCCACAUUUGAAUUCAACAUCGUCGACAAAGUCAAGCGUUGGCGCGCAUACGUUGCAUCCUAUAUGGCCGUUGAGCCUACGGAAGGAGUGGACGCUUCGAAAAUUCACCAUCCUUACCUCAAGAAGCGCAUGGCCAAAGCAGAAGAUCUCUCAGAUGAGACUCGCUUCGAACACGUCAAGCACAACGAUAAGAUUACUGUCUCCAUCAACCCUGCUGCGUAUACCAUGACGUUCAUCAACAGCGAGCCCUUUGGCACCGGUGGCGUUCAGUACUUCCUACAACCAGACUUUGUUCGCGCUGGCUUAAGCGAGAGCGUACCCAAGCCAGUGGAGGAGUACGAGGCACUUAUCAAGGCCCGCAAGGAGCGUGCUACUGAGAUAUUAUGCAUGAACAACGCAUGGAUGAAAGACCUCAGCCGUGAUGACGUUGAUGCUAAGAAGGCCGCCUGGAAAAAGGACCUCGAAGAGGCCAGGACCGUGACUGACGACGACGAUGUGGACAUGGAUGGAGCCUAG